AAAUUAUUGGCGCACAUUCCGAUCACAACGUAACUUCUGAAAGUACAAAUAUUGAAGCAAUCUUAACUGCCUGAAAUCACUUUUAUCUCAGUUACAUUUUCAGACAACAGGAAAAAAUUUAUUGACAUUUGAAUUACUUACUAAUGCAAAUUGCUGAAAAACGUCAGUUAGAAAAUGUUAGCACUUUGUAUACUGCAAUUCAUAAACUCAAGCAAAAAAUUCAGGAUUUAGUCAUCAAAGCGGAGACUCAAGGUGACCAAUGUGACUGGCCAAGAUAUCUUAGUACACUAGCGUUAUGUGCAUCAGAACUAAGUGAAAUUCGUAAAAUACUUGAAUCCGAUCGAUUUUCAAAUGAACAUACUCUGGUGCUUACACCAAUGUUGUUAAAUCCGGAACAAGAUACUAAUUUAGCUAAAAUUACAGAAGAACGUCUUUCACUAUUCAAUCAUGAUACUGUACCUCAAUAUCUUCGAACUAAAUUAGAUCCAAAGGUUGAAAGUGAAUGUUCUAGUCAAUCCACACGAGCUGCUGGUAUACCGUCGGAGCAGGUGAACAAAUUAAUCAAUUUGUCAAAUCGUGCGAUUGAUUGCAGUCUAAAGGAGAUCAAUUUAUUAAAACAAGAUCUAGAAGCUGAUUUUUCUGAUCGACAAAAUAAAAUCUCAUCAAAUUUAGAUGACUUAGCUACCCUUAUAAAUAUCAUUUCUCAUAAAAAAGGUCCAAACACUUCUAAUUUAUAAUCACCUUAAUCAUAAUAUUUAUGUCUUACCACAUACACUUUGAACGUCUUUUUGGGAGCAUGACUCACUAGUGGUGGUCAAUGAUUCUAUAGAAGGCAUAAGUGUCUUUCCAUUUUCCUUGGUCUCAAAUAUCGCAAUCAUAAUCUAACAAAUGUAUUAUGAGUCUUUCAUACAACGUUUCCCAAUUGUAAAUUUUGAUAACAAAAGAACAAAUAUGGUAGCAGAAUAACGUGGAUUCAUUUAUUUCGUGGAUUACCUGUUACUUAAAAUACAAAGUCCAGUCCUCUUGUGACCA